CGUUUCCGCAGUACCCCCCUUGCGGUUCAGUCCCGUUGAGUCUUUAUGUCGACCACUAUCAGACCUCGAUCUGUCGAACCGUGCUUUUACGAGGUUGCUUCUGAUCUCACACCUACGACAAUGGAAGCGUCCUUGGCUUUCGAUCGAUUAGGCUUACGACCUUUCCUGUCGGGCUUGAUUCGGAAGACGAUCAGAGACGCGCAAACUAGAUAUGUCCUUUGGUUCCCUGUUGCUGCCGUUGACAUGCACCAUGGAACUUGUACCAUGUAUACCGUACCAUGUCAACGAGACGAGGACGAGGACGGCCGGGUGGCACUAACCCAGACUUCCUUUGGGUCAACCGGACCCCAGACUCUGAAAGACUCUCUGCCACCCGACAAGAACGGGAGGAACUUCGAACCAUUACUAGCCAUGCCCGUCAAUGGCGCGCUGCACUGCGACGACAGCAGAGGUUAUACAGCGCCCAGACUGAGGCCACUCACGCGCAAAGCAUCGUGGGCUGGGGAAGGCAAGGCACCGUCUCCGAGACCAGCUCCGCCGAGACCUCAGCGGCGCCCUCACCUGCUGCAAUGGCACACAUCACGGGGAACUCUACAGAUCCAUUUACCUUCCUGGAGUCGCCCGAUGAUGCCUGGUGGUCGCAUAAUGCGUUUAGGUACGCCGUCGAGUCGUGGCUGCCGUCGGUGUUUCAAGACUUGGACGUGUUGGACGAGACCAUACCUAGCUCCGAGUCCUGUCUUGCCACGAUCGAUCGCAUCGUGCAAGGCUGCCUUGCCAACAGGAUGCACAUGUUUUCGUUGCUUGCCGCAAGCACUGGGUUUCUCAAGUACGUGUUGAGGCUUCAGCUGGACAGAUACGACUCGCCAGAAUACUGCAUGGGCAAAGCUCUGCAACAUCUGCGCCACCAUUUGGCCGGCACACCACAACCAAACGAGAGCCUGAUAUUUGAUCUCAAGGCACUGUCAACGUUUGAACGGUACGUGGACAACUUUGAGGGAGCUAGAACACACCUACGGAUGGUUCAACACCUAGUUCAGUCAAUCGGAGGCCUCGAGAUUUUAGAACCGCCCAUGCGGCUGGUCUGCUGGCUUUGGGAUCUGUUGGUUGCCGGUGGCACUGGCGAGACUCCCCUGAUGCCUCUCACCUGGGAUCCCGGCUUGCUUCCAAGGCAGCAAAUGCGGGAUGAAAUACUUCCUGCUCUGGCCCAGAGCGGAGUGAUCCCCAGUGGUUCAGGGCUUCUCCAGUACGGACCAAUGGUGCAGAGGGAACUAUCACCCAUCCUCGUCGACACCAUACAGUGGUUUCAAGUGCAGCAAUACAAUCGUGUUCACAAUUUCAGCCGAUCUCCCAUCGAGCAAUGGUCUACGAGGCGGGCACACGCCAUUGUCCAUCGUCUACUUUCCAUGGCACCGAGUUCCCCUGGUGACAGAAUGCAGGGAUUGCUGUCGGAGAGUAUCAAGCAGAGCUUCCUGAUUGUCAUCGCGGACGUGGAAGGAGCGAGGCGAUCCCGAGCACAGACCGAGCCCUUCAGAGACCCAAGUAAUUACUCCUGGUCUGAUGUCAGUCGCCUUCGGCAAGCCCUCUCCACGCUCGUGCAGUCGGAGGAAACCUGGCAGGAACAGCACGAGGACAUUGUCCUGUGGAUGGCGUGUCUAGGUCUCCAGGCAGCAUCGACAAGUGCAUCUGGGUCAAGCGUGCCUGGGGCACAAUCGGCACAAGCAGCGACAGGAGCAGCAGCAGCGGCAGCAACAGCGCCAUCACCCAGCGAAGAGGCGAGCCCUCGGGAGUGGUUCCUCGGAUUAGCAAGGCACAUUUUUUCUGAGCGGCGGAGCCGUACUCGAGCAUCGUCUUCGUCUUCGCCUCCGCCCGCAGGAGAUGAUGACCUGGUGCAGCUCAUGAGCCGCUAUCUCCAUCGCUGCGAACCGUCUGGACGGCCAAAUAUCGUGGGGCUCGAAGAGGUACUGGCUCCGUGAUUGACCCUUGAAGAAACAUCACACAGACCCCUCCUGAGCAAGUGGGCGAAAGACAAGGAAGGCGGCGAGCCAAGUGGGUGAGUGAGCGUGGCUGAUCCGCCGGACAUAGCGGCCCUUGGGCACCACAUCCCUCAACUCGUCUUCUCCCCACCCUCGUCCCGCCCGGGGGCGAAGCGAGGCAAAACAGGGGGGACAGAAGGCGAGAGAGCUGUGCCAUCCCACAAUCUGAGCAAUAUCCGAGUGCCUACUUAGGUAUCUAUCCCAUACUAGGAGUAUGUGAAAUCGCCGAGGAUGGUUGGACACGGCUCGCUCACGACCCAUGCGUCCCUCCCAGAUUGAUGCGCCACGGGACGAGGCACCGAGUAAGCUCGAUAGCUCCAAACGGCUAGAAAGUGCCAGGCGCGGCGCCGGCACCAAGGACCGCAGCAGUACCCAGAACCAACGACCCAAGAAUCCAGGAACCGAGAAACCAAGAGAACCAGAGGACGAGGAGUAAAGAGAGAACAAAAACAAAAGCAUUCCUUGUGAUACCCCAUCGCGGAGCCGCAUGUACGAAUAAAAAAGCAGUUGACGAUUCCCCUUCCCCCCCCUCAAAAUAUUAAUGAACCAUCUCAAUACCCGCGCCCGCAGUCUUGUCGUUCUGUUGUCGAUCUCCUGCCCCGCGCAGGCCGUGCGCAGCCGAGGGACCCCAAGAGACCAAAAGCCACACCCGACGAAAUCCAACCAUGCCGCUAACGACGGACGAUAAUGACGAUGACGACGACGAUAAUGAUGAUGAGGACGAGGAUUGGGGGUUUUUUUUUUUU